AAGCUGGUUCAGUCACCCACAUGGAAAAAACUAUAAACAUGCACAGACGUGUACAUCACAAGUUUCACUUCGUUCUCAUACAUGAACUUCAGCUGUGAGCUCCAAAAUCAUGGAUUAUCUUGUCUUUAUGGAGAAUCACUGUGUAGGAGAACUAGGAUUGACCAGCAGAAGAGAUGAACCAGGAUAAACUGAAGACUACAGGAGUGUUUGGUGUUGGGAAAGAUGAAAUGAAGACAGAAGAAGUGAAGACGGUGCUGGGACAGUCUGAAACUCUACUCAGCGGUGUAGAGGAAUAUCAUCAGAUCAUCUGGAUGUUUAAAGACAGGAAUAUAGCUAAGUGUAGGGGGAACACAGAUGGGACUGGAUCAUGUGAGAUCACUGAUGAGAGACUCAGAGACAGACUGAAGACAGACGAUCAGACCGGAUCUCUCACCAUCAUCAACAUCAGCCCUGAACUCACUGGACUUUAUAAACUACAGAUCAUCAACAGAUCCUCUAAAACUUCAUACAAGCAGUUCAGUGUUACUGUCUCUGGAGUGUUUGGUGUUGGGAAAGAUGAAAUGAAGACAGAAGAAGUGAAGACGGCGCUGGGACAGUCUGUAACUCUACACAGCGGUGUAGAGGAAUAUCAUCAGAUCAUCUGGAUGUUUGAGGACAGGAAUAUAGCUAAGUGUAGGGGAAACACAGAUGGGACUGGAUCAUGUGAGAUCACUGAUGAGAGACUCAGAGACAGACUGAAGACAGACGAUCAGACCGGAUCUCUCACCAUCAUCAACAUCAGCCCUGAACUCACUGGACUUUAUAAACUACAGAUCAUCAACAGAUCCUCUAAAACUUCAUCAUACAAGCAGUUCAGUGUUACUGUCUCUGGUGAGUAAAUUCUUGAUAUUGUUCAUUUACAGCUCUUCUUCUGUCAUUGUAGUAUGACACUAAACACAGCG